AGUCACACACAGAAAAGAUUCGCAUAUUUGAUUAUUAUAAAAAAAGAAGUUGUGUAUAAUAUCAGUGAGAGCACUAGUUUCCCACUUCAGUAAAUUAUGGCCAGAGCAAGUUACGGAGUAGGUUACAGAAAACCGAAAUGGUGCAAAAGCAGAGAAGAAUAAUACAACGUAUAAAGCGCUAGCUUCCCAUUAAUGUAGUCGUCAGAGCUUUGCGGCGGCGCGCACAAACAGAGUCAACCUUCAAUCUAUUGGCACCUACAGAUUCAGUCGAAAGCCUACCGUUGACGCGUUUAUUGGUGCAUUGGUGAAUAACCUUCAUUUUCGGCAAAAGUCAAGUGAAGUUGCUUUUAUUGAUUUAACAGUGAAAUCGCAUUUUUACCAAUUGCUAUUGUUAGUCAAAUGCUUUUCUUUAAUCGUACUAUGGAAUACCUACAAGAGAUCUACGGAAAAGUUGUAGACUAUGUAUAUGGAGAACGCAGUUACAAUAAUACACCACGCAAAAUAGUUGCUUUUGGUAACGUGCUGCUGGACCAUACCGCGCAGCUUCCGAAAAGCGAUACAGAGCUAUUAAAACAAUUUGAAAUACCGGCAGAAUCGAAAGGCGAACUUGAUGCGGAYACUCUAGCAAAGUUAGCAGCUGAGGCAGCCGAUCGUGUGCAAUUUGAAGUAAAUCCCGGUGGCUCUGCUUUGAAUACAGUGCGUAUACUCAAACAGCUCGGUACCGAUGCACUUUUCUUUGGAGCUGUGGGUGAAGAUAAAACAGCAGAGAAGYUAAGGGAGAUACUGCAGGAACGCGAAAUUGARGCAAGACUCGCCACAGUGACUGACGUACCGACCGGYCAGUGCGUCUGCAUCAUCAACAAAGAUACGAAAACAAAAGCGCUGUAUGCCAAUAUCGGCGCAUCGGCCAAACUAUCUGUCGACCAUUUGCGAAAAGCUGAACAUGACGAGACACAGGCCUUUCUCCGUCCCAUCGAACGCAAACAAAUACUCUAUAUCGAAGGUUUCUUUGUGCCGCAACGCCAAGAUGUCUGUGACUUCAUUGUACGGAGCUACAUAAGAGAACGUCGUCGUUUGGCAAUCAAUUUAAAUGCCGAAUAUAUCAUAAAAGAAAACUUCCGACAACUGCGCGAGCUUGCGCGUGCAGCAUUCUUCAUAUUCGGCAAUCGCAAGGAACAUUUGACAUUUGCACAGCAGCUGGGUUACGAAACUAUCGAUGAUGCCGCCAAGUAUUUGUUGGAGCAAAGCAGCACACCCAAAGUGAUGGUGGUGACAAAUGGCCGUGAAUGUGUACAGUUAAUCACCAACUACGAGGAUGAGUAUGCAGCGCCAGGUGCAAUUACAUUUCAAAGCUUCCACGUGCCACGGGUCAACGAAGUUGUCGACUCWACAGGUGCUGGUGAUGCAUUUGUGGCGGCAUUCUUGCAUGCCUGGCUGSAGAAACGUCCGUUAAGUGAGUGUGUGCGUAUGGCAAGCGAAGUGGCGGCCAAAGUGGUGACGGUGGUGGGUUGCAAUCUACCAUGAAGUUACAUAUAAUAAAGCGGAAACGUAACAACAAAAGCAAUAUUAAACUGACGCACUCAAACAGCGGCAAUAAGCGCUACAAAAGCURUAGUAUAUUUAGCAAACAAAAACUUUUGAUUAUUUAUUAAUAUUUUUUUUUUGUAUUAGUUAUUAAGUAUGCAGUAGUUUCAUCGUUACACUACUAAUUAUUGGCUGCCUCAUUAACAUUUGAAUGCCACAAGUGCAUUUGUACUUUCACACGGAUACAAACAAACAUACAUACAUAUACAUAUACAUCCAUACACACAUAUAUAUAUAAGCAUAUAUUAUACUAUAUACAUCGCGCAUACAAAGGCAUGCUAAUCGGUCUCAAUUUACGCCACAUUUAUUCAUAUUUUUAGUCGAAAAUGCCUUGACAUUGACUCAUUUAAUAUCUCAGUCUCAUCUUGUACACAAAGCGGUAAUGCACAAUGCUGAUAAAUAUACAGCGCCAUAAUUUCAUCACAAUAUCCACCACUUAAUAAGUACUUAAGCUUAUGUACUCAAGUGUUUUUUCUUUCGUUAAACCCCUUACACUUUUACACAGUUUUAACUGUGGCUGUUGAAAAGUUUGUGUAGAGUUCUACAUAUAAUCAGAAACAGACUUAUACUUACAUACAUAUGUGUGACCGCAUAAUAGGUCUCGAGCAGUGAGUGGGCCGUAAUUAGACGGCAAAAAUUUUAUAAUUGCUUAUUUUCAGAUCUCCAAAGCUUGYUACGCUUAUAAUUUUUUGUUGCGGAAGGGUUUAUUUAUGGAACAACUUUGAAAAUGACUAACGAUUUAAACUAAAGCAACGAAUAACCGCACAUAAGAUUAUAYAAAUGUUUUUCUAACUAUAAAAAUCGUUAUUUGCAUCUAUACUCCAUUUAAACUAGCUGCAUUUGAAUUUAUCUCAUUUUCCCUAUAGUAUUUAGCUCAGACCAAGUGACUUACAUACACACAAAUAUUUUUAAAUGUCUUAUUUUAAUUUCUUAC